ACAAAAGGGAGACAGCAGUGGGUCAUCUGUCAGUCUGUUUGUCUGUUGUUUAGUCAGUGGAUGUUGUUUAUUUGUUUGUUGUAUCACGGUGUCAGCUCAAGAUGUCAGGACAAAACAGUGAUCAACUGCACCGCACCACUCUGGCCAUUUAUACGAGCAUAAUGGAGCAGUUCAACCCAGGUCUGCAGAGACUGGUGACACUGGGAAACAACUACAUUCAGGCUUUCCAAGCCCUGGCCGUCACCAGUGAAGCCUAUUUCAGUGCUCUGUCUAAGAUGGGUGAACAGGCCAUGCAGACCAUGUCAUCGCGUUUGAUGGGUGAUGUUUUGAUCCAGAUCUCAGACAGUCAGAGGAGACUCACCAAUGAGCUGGAGGGAGUGUUCCGCUGGUUCCACUCCGAGGUCCUUCGAGAGAUGGACGACAAUGUCAGACUAGAUAAAGAAUACAUAUUGAACAGCAGGAGGCGCUAUGAGACGGAAGUGAGAAACCAGGCAUCGGCACUGGAGAGACAGAUGAGGCGAGGGGUCCCACAGGACGGCAGCGAAUAUGUGCACUUUCUCAGAGAGUGUCAGAGAGAGGCGUUAAAGGAGGAAGAAAGAAGAUAUCGAUUCUUGGCAGAGAAACACAGCAGCUUCACCCAGUCCAUUGCAUAUCUCAUGAACAAGACAGGGGGCGGCCUGCAAAACAGAGCCGAGGGGUGGAAAGAUCUGGUGAAUCACACGAGAGAAUCCCGUCCACGCACUCCUUCACGAGUGGAGGACAGCAUUCUUGAUGUAAACCGCUGGGCAGAGCAACCACUGGGCACGGUUCCCUCUAGAGGCCCCUCCCCUCAGCCCAGUCGUUCCAACUCCAACUCAGGAUUGGCUGGAGGCAAAGUGAUGCGAGCACUGGUGCCCCACCCUCCCUCUGCAAACUCCACCCUCCUGCCGUUCUCCCGAGGAGAAACCAUCACCCUCCUGGUUAAAGAGCCGAGGAACGGCUGGCUGUUCGGCCGCUCUGACAGCUCUGGACGGCAAGGCUGGUUCCCUGCUGCUUAUGUAGGGCCCAUGGAUGAACCACCUGGACCUCCUCUCUCCAGUAGCAGCUCUUUCAGAAGCAGCAGCAGUAUGAGUAACCUCCUCAACCAACCCGUGAGCAGCAGGCAACAAACAGCUCCACCUGCACCUGCACCUGCACCUGCACCUCCGCCACCACCACCUCCGUCAACCAGAUCCAGCAAUUCCCGGCCAGUCACUCCCACACCUUCAGAAAACAGAAGACAAGAUGACUAUGAGUCUCGACCACAACUUUUUCCAAGAGGCACAAAUCCAUUUGCCACUGUGAAGCUUAAACCCACUAAAACCAAUGACAGAUCAGCUCCACGCAUAUGAAUAAUAUUUCAACCAAUGGCACGUCAGCUCCUUAACAGUUCUUCAAUAGCUAAUCAGUGCUCCACAUUUUACUGUACAUUGUUCAGCCAUUUUCAAAAACAUUAAUUUUCCAGCAUAAUCAGUACAAAGCAUCACAUUUAGGACAAAACGACUCAAGAAUGAUCAAUCACUAGUCUUUAAAAGUCCAUUAAAGCAGGCAGUUAAGAUAAUUUACCUUUAUCUUCAGGCUGUUGGAGGGUCUGUGGCAGCAAACACAAUUAAUAACACUCCUUUACAUGAAAUGGCCCCAUAAAUAUUUCGGCACUUAAGUCACACUUAAAAUAUAUGAAUUUCACGAAGUGGCAUAUUCGAACAAACACUGUGCUUUAUUAGAUGUGUGAAGUCAGUUCUUCUCAAGUUCAUGCAGGUGCAGUUCAUCACAUUAACUAUGAACAUGUUGAACUAACAUCUGAUGAAAUCUUAUUUUUGUGAAAUGUUUGGCUUGAAAAGUGUCAAGUGAAACUUCUUUAAAAUAGGUCCACUUGGUUUGAUAUUUUGUCACAUAAUGCAAUGACAUUUUUAAAUGUGGCGUACAUGUCUAAAUAUUUUGUCAUUUCUGUGUAUUUAAAACAUCACUUCCGUUCUCUUGAAGUUUUAUAUGCUGGACUUGUUCUUACUAAACAGGAAAUGUAAAUGCAGGUCAGCCCAGGUCAGCUUUUAAGUGCUGAGAUAAGUGCGUCUUUUCCACCUUAAUUGUAUAUAAUUUGCAUUAUGCUAGCAAAACACCUCUUAAAGCAUCACGUGUCCUCUGAAUGCACUUUAUAAAUGUAUACUGUCAUGUUUGUUCAUGACAAUGUUGCUGUUGGGGCUGGUUUAACUACAGUUCCUCUGGGACCCCAGUGUCUCUGAUAAGCGACUAUCAGUCUCUCUCUCCUUCUCUGUGCUUGAACUUUGUCUGUCGGCUCAGUUAAUUCAUCUGAUGCGUCCAAUUAUAAGCUGCCCCUAAAUUGGCUGUUCUGUCUGCUUAAGUGCCUAAAAAGUGAAUGUUCAUUUUAACCUUGACAGUAAUUGGUGUGACCUUCUCCUGAAGUGUCAAGCCCAUUAGUUCAAACCCAUUUGUAGGGAUGUCUUGUAUGUUAUCAGCAUUUCUUUCUUUUUUUUUUUUUUGAGGGAAUCUUUUCCUGUUUAAUUGAUGUUGAAUAUCAAAAACAGAAAUAUGUGCCUAUAUCACAGCUGUAAUUUACAUCUGUUAUGAUUUGACCAGUGGCUACAGGAAAAGAUACAAUGUACAGUCUUUCUUGUAGAUAUCUUGGACUAAUUCUUUACACCUUGAGAGGUUUAAUAAAUAAAAUAAUGUUGAUUUAGUG